AUGAGUAGAGGUUUAGAAGAAAGUUCACAAGAAACACAACAACAUGAAGUGGUGAAGAAAGAAAACCCUACCAAUGAAGGGCUACCAGAGAAGUUUCCGGAAGGUGUUCGGGUUUUGGUUACUGAUGAUGAUCCUGAGUUUCUUCAACAUAUUGAAAAGUUGCUUAAAGAACUUCUCUAUCAAGUUACCACAUAUAGUAAGCUUCAAGCUGAGAACGUAUUGUCUACUCUACAAGCUGCCAGAAACAAAUUUGAUAUCGUUUUGAGUAGUGUACAUAUGGCCAAUAUGGAUGGUUUGGAGCUGCUUAAACACAUGUUAGCAGAAAUGGAUAUACCUGUGGUCAUGAUGAUGUCAAGCGAGGACGACAAUAAUAUUGUCAUCAAGUGUCUCACUGAAGGAGCAUGUGAUUGCUUAAUUAAGCCGAUUGAAAGAAAGGACAUAGAACUUAUAUUUAAGCAUGUGAUCAUCCGAAAGAUGAGAGUAGAACACUCGUGUGAAUGUGAAUGCCACCACAAAUCACCAGAAACAUCAGAUUUCGGUGUAGCUUUAGGAAACAGCAAAUCCUUGAGGAAGAGGAAAAAUGGGGAGGCAAUCGACAAGGAUGUGGAUACCAGUGGUAUGUCUAUGGCAAAGAAAACAAGAAUUGUCUGGACUGACGAACUCAAUCGGAAAUUUGACGCAGUCAUAGAAAAGCUUGGAAUUGAAAGUACAAUUCUUACCCUUUACCUUUCGUAUUUUUGCAAUGUGCCUUAGGGAGUCUUUUGUUUCAUUUUCGUCUAGUUUUGUUUGCAAUAUUCAUAAAGGCUGAAUAUUUUUGUGUUACUUGAUAAUUUAGAGGCUGUUCCAAAGAAAAUUCUCCAGCUAAUGAAUGUUCCCGGGCUUAAAAGAGAACAUGUUGCUAGCCACCUUCAGAAAUACCGCCAGAGUUAUAGAAAAUCACAAGGCUAUCCUGCAUGUAAUCUGAAUACGCCUAUGAAUCAACCAGAAUCACACUUGGCACCUUUAUUGCAUGGCGGUAUCCAGUACUCAAA